AUGUUUUAUGGAGCUGGAUCUGCAAGUGUUGGCAAUCCAUCAGAAAGCCUUGGAGGAAUUGUUUAUGGAUACACAGAGUCUGAAAUACUGAUAUGGACACCAACUAGUAUAAAUAGUCACUUAAUCUACAUUGAUGGCGUUUGGGGAGACGGAAGUGACAAGCUGCAGGAAGACAGAGUGCAAAUAACAGUUAAGAUCAUCAAUACUGAUAUUUCAGUUAAGUGUGCCGUUUUGCAUUACGUCACAACCUAUGAUGACAGCUGUGAUCAAGAAUGUGCACCGCCACCUGAUAUUUUAAACACUGUAAAGGUGAAUAAUGGAUUAGGCAGAGGAAGUCUGACAUCUUACUCUUGUUUGGCGGGAUUCGUGAGUAAUGGUGGACUGAGCGUCUCGUCAUGUAACGGAACACACUGGCUAGAAACUCAUCUUACAUGUUCGCUUUUUACUACAGUACCAAACCCUCCAACCAUUGCUAAUGCAGAUCAUUUGGUGAGUGGUAACAUUGCUCAGUAUGCAUGUCGAGUAGGAUUUUACCCAGACAUGGGAGGAAACAUUAUUUUAUAUUAUGGAACUGGUUGGACCACAACUAAGCUGGAAUGCAAAGCGUCGAGAAUAUCAGUCGGAAACACCAGUGUAAGCUCAAGAGAAGAAAUUAUUUGCAAUUUGAAAAUUUCAAAAAGAAACACAAGUUCUUACGACAGAAGCUUGAGAUGUGCCUAUGAUCCUCGCCCUAGUUCCCUAACAAUCGGAAGUGUUGGUGUCGCCAUAUUGUGUCUGGUUGCUGCAUUACUUUUCCUUGCUGAUUGUCAUACUUUUCUUCAGCGCAAAAAUUAA